AACAGACAAAAAUGGGUUAUUCCACUUAAUAUAAACUUUCAUGAGGUCUCUGGAUUCUUAUCGAGAAACAAACGUUGACACGAGGAUCAGCGUGAUAGAUGACAUAUGUUUCCAUGCAUUUUGGAGAUUACCACAUCUAAAGACGUGUCGAUCCCAGGGUUCCUAGAAAGUCCGAUGCCACGCCUAAACCACGCAUAAUUGAAAAGUCGCUUAGUCUAUAAUUUGAAGAGGACACUUUGAGCCAUCUAUUCAUAAAAGGAAACUAAUAUAUUACUAUGUUAAAUUUUCGAAUUAUGAAAUGGUUUUCUAGAACGCUCUUAGAAAACAUUUCAAAAACGCUUUGCUUAUGAAAAGGAGAUGUCAAGUCUCGGGAAUUGAAUGGUAAUAAUUGCAAGUCUCUAGCGUUUUUGCGUUUAAGAGUUAUUCGGAAAACAGUCAUCGACACUGCUUUUUGGCGAUGAUAUUGACAUUAAGCUAGGCAUUUUUUUUAGGACAUUUACGAUAAUGCUCAUAUCUCCGCAAAAGAAUCACUGGAAUAUUUCAAAAAUGACCUCACACAUUGCUCUAUCCGACUACUUAUACGAAAGAACUUUGAAGACAAUGGAAAGAGAAGAAAAAUUAUCAAAACGAAAAAGAAAAAUUAUCAAAACGAAAAAGAAAUGAUGUUUUCUAGCCUUUUGUGCAAAAUUUUUAUCACUUUGAAAAAAAAUAGGCGUUGCAUGUUUGGAAUAGUCUUAUACAUUAAACUAUGUUAAAGUUCAAAUCGAAAACUUUAUCAAAAAAAAGGAGUAUCCUCACUCGGUCGCUAUCAACACUUGCUUGGUAUUGAUUCUAAUCUUAUACAACUGACAUUCUCUUCUAGGCUUUUAUUCUGCUAAAACGAGAAUGGAAAAUAUUUUAGUUAAAUUUCCAGAAUUAUCAAAUAUUGAACCGCUUAUAAUAUCCCAAGUAUGUGAAGAAGCAAAAGUAUAUCAAUCGAAAGCAUUACAUGUUCUAUUAGAUUUACAACAAUCCUAUCGACAAUGUUGGAUUUUACAAGUAACAAAACGUACCGCACAAAUGUUACUAAAAUUUGAAUCAAUUUCUAUUAUACAAUUGUAUGAAACAGGAAUGUUAGAAGAAAAUGAAUAUACACAUAUUUUAGAAUUAAUUCAAAAAAAGUUAUUUGUAUUAGAAUAUGAGACAAUCAGAAGUCCAAAGAAAGAAUUUUUUCCACUCAUUUCAUUCAGUCAAAGUUCAUAUAAACUAGUAUUUGAUUUACUUCUAUUUCAAUCAUUAUCGGAUAAUGACAGACUAGAGCUACAGCGUUUAUUGGAAAAUAAACGAGAAUGGUUUCAACCAAAUCAAACGUUGUUGAGACGAAAUCAAUUUGUUAUUAACGCGUAUAUUAUUAUACGUGGUAUUGUUGAAUCCAAACACAAUCGACAAACAAUUAUUUACUAUAAACUUGGUAAUAUCAUUGGCAUUGAAUCAUUGUAUACAAAGCAACGUUUAUGUUCGGAUAGUUAUCAAGCAAGUGCACUUGUAGAAGUUUAUCAGCUAAAUAAUGAUCUAUUAACAUUUUUAUUAGACAAAAAUGAGAGAAUAAAACGUAUUAUAUACGAUGAAAUUGCUUUACAUAUAUUAAUCAAUAAUUAUGAACGAUUUCAAUUGACAAUAAAUUAUUAUCAAUUGAAAACGCUGUUGGGAAGGGCUAAUAUGAUUGUAAAUAAUGAAGAAGAGACUAAAUCAAUUAAACUAAAACAAAAUCAACGAUUAUUUCUAGUAACAGGAUUGUUAAAUGUACAAUACGAUGAUCCGAAUACAAUGGCUCGUCGCUCAGAGCCAUUACCCAGACGCCAAAAAACACAACCACCUCACUUCUAUCAACAACAAAGAAGUGUAACAGAAUCAAGAAAAAUCAAAGAUCAUAUUAUUGUACUUGAAGAAAGAAACUUGAAUGCUCCACAUUUAAUUGAGCCAACAUUAUUAAAUGUUAUAUAUAAAUUACAACCAACAAGUAUCGCUUAUAUAUGGUCACUGGAUGAUGAAUUAACUGUUUCAACUAUUCCACCAUUUCAGCUUAAUUUUCAGACCCAAAGUACUGAAGAUGUCAAUUUAGAAACAUUAAAAAGUGCAUAUCCUCACUAUUCCGGUGAUACAGUCGAAUUUACUGCAAAACGUGAUUCAAUUCAUGUAACACGACCCAUCAUGCAUUCAAAUCAUAUUCAAAUGAUACCAGCUGAAAUAGAAAAUUCACUCUGA